GGCGGGGCCGGGCGGGGCCGCAGGGGCGGGGCCGGCACCUCCCGCACCGCCACCGCCACCGGCAGCAGCCGCAGCCCCGGCCCCGCUCCUCAGCGCUCCUCACGGCGCGGCCCCAUGCCGGCCCCCCCCGCCCGCGGCUGAGCUGCACCGGGCACAGGACAGCCGCCGCUCCCCGAUAGCAGCACCACCUCCGGCUGGCGCGAUGGCGGGAGCGUCCGUCAAGGUGGCGGUGCGCGUGCGGCCCUUCAACUCCCGGGAGAUGAGCCGGGAGUCCAAAUGCAUCAUCCAGAUGUCGGGAAGCACCACCACCAUCCUGAACCCGAAGCAACCCAAAGAGACACCGAAAAGCUUCAGCUUUGACUAUUCCUACUGGUCCCACACCACGCCUGCAGACAUCAAUUAUGCAUCUCAGAAGCAGGUGUACCGGGACAUCGGCGAGGAGAUGUUGCAGCAUGCCUUCGAAGGCUAUAACGUCUGUAUUUUUGCCUACGGGCAGACAGGGGCUGGAAAAUCCUACACCAUGAUGGGGAAGCAGGAGAAGGACCAGCAAGGCAUCAUCCCACAGCUGUGCGAGGACCUCUUCUCCCGCAUCAACGACACGACCAACGACAACAUGUCCUACUCCGUGGAGGUGAGCUACAUGGAGAUAUACUGCGAGCGGGUGAGAGACCUCCUGAACCCCAAGAACAAGGGGAACCUGCGGGUGAGGGAGCAUCCCCUCAUGGGGCCCUAUGUCGAGGACCUCUCCAAGCUGGCUGUGACCUCCUACAAUGACAUCCAGGAUCUCAUGGACUCAGGGAACAAGGCCCGCACGGUGGCUGCCACCAACAUGAACGAGACCAGCAGCCGCUCACACGCCGUCUUCAACAUCAUCUUCACCCAGAAGCGACACGAUGCCGAGACGGACAUCACCACCGAGAAGGUCAGCAAAAUCAGCCUGGUGGACCUGGCUGGCAGCGAGCGAGCUGACUCCACCGGCGCGAAGGGCACGAGGCUGAAGGAAGGAGCAAACAUCAACAAGUCCUUGACCACGCUGGGGAAAGUCAUCUCUGCUCUGGCCGAAAUGGAUUCAGGGCCAAAUAAGAACAAGAAGAAGAAGAAGACAGAUUUCAUCCCCUACCGAGACUCGGUGCUAACCUGGCUGCUGCGGGAGAACCUGGGGGGCAACUCCAGGACCGCCAUGGUCGCUGCACUCAGCCCCGCCGACAUCAACUACGACGAGACCCUCAGCACUUUAAGGUAUGCCGACCGCGCCAAGCAGAUCCGCUGCAACGCCGUCAUCAACGAGGACCCCAACAACAAGCUCAUCCGGGAGCUGAAGGACGAGGUGGCCCGUCUGCGUGACCUUCUCUACGCCCAGGGUCUCGGGGACAUCAUUGACACCCAUCCUGCUGCGGAAGGAUCCAAAUAUGUGUCCGACUUUGAGAACAAUAAUGGCACUAGCGGGGCAGAGCUGAGCCAACGCCAUGACAAUCUCUCCACAGUGACCAACGCCAUUGCCGGCAUCAGCCCCUCUUCCUCCCUGUCAGCUCUCUCCAGCCGCGCCGCCUCCGUUGCCAGCCUCCACGAGCGCAUCAUGUUUGCUCCAGGCAGCGAAGAGGCCAUCGAAAGGCUUAAGGAAACAGAGAAGAUCAUUGCUGAGCUGAACGAGACGUGGGAGGAGAAGCUGCGCAGGACAGAGGCGAUCCGGAUGGAGAGGGAAGCCUUGCUGGCCGAGAUGGGGGUGGCCAUGAGGGAGGACGGAGGCACCCUGGGUGUUUUCUCUCCUAAAAAGACACCCCACCUGGUCAACCUGAACGAGGACCCGCUCAUGUCUGAGUGCCUUCUCUACUACAUCAAGGACGGGAUCACCAGGGUUGGUCGGGAAGAUGCGGAGAAGAGGCAGGACAUUGUUCUCAGCGGGCACUUCAUCAAGGAAGAGCACUGCCUCUUCCGCAGCGACACAAGGACGGGCGGUGAAGUGAUUGUGACCCUGGAGCCCUGCGAAGGCGCCGACACCUACGUGAAUGGCAAAAAGGUGACGGAGCCCAGCGUCCUGCGGUCAGGAAACCGGAUCAUCAUGGGCAAGAGCCACGUCUUCCGCUUCAACCACCCCGAGCAGGCCCGGCAGGAGCGGGAGCGGACCCCGUGCGCGGAGACGCCCGCCGAGCCCGUGGACUGGGCAUUUGCCCAGAGAGAGCUGCUGGAGAAGCAGGGCAUCGACAUGAAGCAGGAGAUGGAGCAGAGGCUGCAGGAGCUGGAGGACCAGUACCGGCGGGAGAGGGAGGAGGCCAAUUACCUUCUGGAGCAGCAGAGGCUGGAUUAUGAGAGCAAAUUGGAGGCUCUGCAGAAGCAGAUGGACUCCAGGUAUUACCCUGAGGCCAAUGAGGAAGAAGAAGAACCUGAAGAUGAAGUGCAGUGGACGGAGCGGGAGUUCGAGCUCGCCCUCUGGGCCUUCAGAAAGUGGAAGUGGUACCAGUUCACCUCCCUCCGUGACCUGCUGUGGGGCAACGCCAUCUUCCUCAAGGAAGCCAACGCCAUCAGUGUGGAGCUGAAGAAAAAGGUGCAGUUCCAGUUUGUCCUCCUGACGGACACGCUGUACUCGCCCCUCCCUCCCGACCUGCUGCCUCCUGAUGCUGCCAAGGACCGGGAGAAGCGGCCGUUCCCCCGGACCAUCGUGGCUGUGGAGGUGCAGGACCAGAAAAACGGGGCAACGCAUUACUGGACCCUGGAGAAGCUCAGGCAGCGCCUGGACCUAAUGCGCGAGAUGUACGACCGUGCAGCAGAAGUGCCUUCGAGCGUCAUCGAGGACUGUGACAACGUGGUGACCGGCGGAGAUCCCUUCUACGACCGCUUCCCGUGGUUCAGGCUGGUUGGCAGUUCAGAUAUCUCUGGCUGCAACAGCUCUCCUCUUUUCAACACAUGCAUGAGCGAGCGCAUGGCUGAUCUCACCCCCUCCCCUACCUUCUCGAACCCCGACUCCGACAUCACCGAGCCUGCUGACGAGCAGCACGAGGGGCAGGAGGAGGAGGAGGAGGAGGCGGAGGACCUGGAGGAAGACAUCUUUCCGGAGUGCCCGCUGUGUGAUGGCCGGGAUCCGUUUUACGACCGCUCCCCCCUGUUCAGUUUAGUAGGAAGGGCCUUCGUGUACCUCAGCAACCUGCUGUACCCCGUGCCCCUGGUCCACCGCGUGGCCAUCGUCAGCGAGAAGGGCGAGGUGAAGGGCUUCCUGCGCGUGGCCGUCCAGGCCAUCUCAGCUGAUGAGGAGGCCCCGGAUUAUGGCUCUGGAGUGCGGCAGUCGGGGACGGCAAAGAUAUCCUUCGAUGACCAGCACUUCGAGAAGUUCCAGUCCGAGUCCUGCCCCGCCGUGGGGAUGUCCCGCUCGGGAACGUCCCAGGAGGAGCUGCGCAUCGUGGAAGGCCAGGGGCAGAUCAGUGACCUGGGGCCCUCCGCCGACGAGGUCAACAACAACACCUGCGCAGUGACACCAGAGGACCUUCUCCUGGACAGCCCGGAGAAGUCCACGAUGGACGGGCCCCUGGAGGCAGCUCUGGACCACCUGAAGCUGGGCAGCAUCUUCACUUUCCGAGUGACUGUCCUGCAAGCCUCCAGCAUCUCAGCAGAAUACGCAGAUAUCUUCUGCCAGUUCAAUUUCAUCCAUCGCCACGAUGAGGCCUUUUCAACGGAGCCCUUGAAGAACACAGGGCGAGGGCCACCACUGGGUUUCUACCACGUCCAAAAUAUUGCUGUGGAGGUGACCAAGUCCUUCAUCGAGUACAUCAAGAGCCAGCCGAUUGUAUUUGAAGUUUUUGGGCACUAUCAGCAACACCCCUUCCCGCCUCUCUGCAAGGACGUCCUCAGCCCACUGAGGCCAUCCCGGCGCCACUUCCCCCGGGUGAUGCCGCUCUCCAAGCCAGUGCCUGCCACCAAACUGAGCACCAUGACUCGUCCCAGCGCUGGGCCCUGCCAGUGCAAGUACGACCUGAUGGUCUUCUUCGAGAUCUGCGAGCUGGAGGCCAACGGCGACUACAUCCCGGCCGUCGUGGACCACCGCGGAGGCAUGCCGUGCCACGGCACCUUCCUGCUCCACCAGGGUAUCCAGAGGAGGAUCACCGUCACCUUGGUGCAUGAGACGGGCAGCCUGAUCCGCUGGAAGGAAGUGCGGGAGCUGGUUGUGGGUCGGAUCCGGAACACCCCAGAAGCUGACGAGUCUCUGAUCGACCCCAACAUCCUGUCCCUGAACAUCCUGUCCUCUGGCUACAUCCACCCUUCCCAGGACGACCGGCAGUUUCUUGAUUCGGAUAUGCCUAGCAUUUCAUUCGGAAAUGACACUAGGACUUUCUACCAGUUUGAGACGGCGUGGGACAGCUCCAUGCACAACUCCCUGCUGCUCAACCGCGUCACCCCAUACCGGGAGAAAAUCUACAUCACCCUUUCCGCGUACAUCGAGAUGGAGAACUGCACCCAGCCCGCCGUCAUCACCAAAGAUUUCUGCAUGGUUUUCUACUCCCGCGACGCCAAGCUCCCUGCUUCCCGCUCCAUCCGCAACCUCUUCGGCAGCGGCAGCCUGCGGGCUUCGGAGAGCAACCGCGUGACGGGCGUCUACGAGCUGAGCCUGUGCCGCGUGGCGGAUGCUGGCAGCCCAGGCAUGCAGAGGCGUCGCCGGCGUGUGCUGGACACCUCCGUGGCCUACGUCAGGGGAGAGGAGAACCUGGCCGGCUGGCGGCCCCGCAGCGACAGCCUCAUCCUCGACCAUCAGUGGGAGCUGGAGAAGCUCAGCCUGCUGCAAGAAGUGGAGAAGACCAGGCACUACCUGCUGCUGCGUGAGAAGCUGGAGACCACCCAGCGGCUGGGCCUGGAGAGCCUGUCCCCCUGCUCCAGCGAGGACUCCGAGUCUCGAAGCACCUCCUGCGUCUCCUCCCCGCUGUCCGCAGACGGGGCCCCGGAGGGACGGACCCCUCUGCCUGAGACCCCCAGCGAGAGGCAGAAGGAGCUGGCUGUGAAGUGCCUGCGCCUGCUCACGCACACCUUCAACCGCGAGUACAGCCACAGCCACGUCUGCAUCAGCGCCAGCGAGAGCAAGAGCUGUGCCCGGCUUCGGGCAGAGACUCCAGUCCACACCUCCGCUCCUCCACAGCUGUCCGAAAUGUCUGUGACCCUGAUGAGAGAUCCCUCCAUGUCAGCUCUCGGGGUCACCACCCUCACCCCUUCCUCAACCUGCCCAUCGCUGGUGGAAGGACGCUACAAUGCCGUGGAAGUCAGAGCCCUGCAGGUCUCCUCCAGGCUGGAGAGUCCCGACCUGGAGCCUGUGGUGGAAGGGGAGCAGAAGAAGUCCCCAGCCCGCCGGCCUGAGGAAGAGAAGGAGCCCCAGCGUCUGCUGGUGCCCGACAUUCAGGAGAUCCGGGUCAGCCCCAUCGUCUCCAAAAAGGGCUACCUGCACUUCCUGGAGCCCCACACCAACGGGUGGGUGAAGCGCUUCGUGGUGGUCAGGCGCCCCUACGUCUACAUCUACAACUCGGACAAGGACUCGGUGGAGAGGGCCAUACUCAACCUCUCCAAGGCCCAAGUGGAGUACAGCGAGGACCAGCAGGCCAUGCUGAAGCAGACCCCCAACACCUUCGCGGUGUGCACGGAGCACCGGGGCAUCCUGCUGCAGGCAAGCAGUGACAAGGACAUGCACGACUGGCUCUACGCCUUCAACCCCCUCCUGGCUGGGUCCAUAAGAUCCAAGCUGUCCAGAAGGAGAACAGCCCAGAUGAGAAUCUAACCUGAAAAACACCCUCCACCUCAUCCGUCUGCCAGCAGGAUCAAGAUAGCUGAUUCUGCCUCAAGAGUCCCCAUGUUAACGUCCGAUCUCUCACACCAUCUGCUGCCCCAGCUGCCUGCUCCAUGGAAGGAUCUGUCUCGAUUUACACCUUCACGGGGGAAACUCAUUUCUGUUCGUAGCUGCAAACGCCCGGCCCCGCCUGGGCAGGAUUUCUCGUGUGCAUGUGAUCUUCUGCCCAUCCCCUCGUGGGUGACCGUCAUGUCACACAACCUGUAACGCUCCAGAAAGGUUCCUUUCGGAGGGGAGGGAGCAAGGAGGGUAGGUUGGGUUAAAAGCUGGUCUUUGAUCUACAGAGGUAGGCGUCUUGUAAAGCUCAGAGGUGAGAAAUCAGGAGGAAUUGCUUCCACGUGAAGGGAAAGCAGUAGUUUAGGUAUGGGGAUUUCCUAAUUUAUUGUGUCGACAAAAGAUGGCAGGGCAAAAUCAGGUGUCAGUAGUUUAAGAUUAUAUUUAUAAAGUAUUUA